AUGGUGGGACGCCAUGGAACUCUCCAUGCGUCUGGGGCGAGGGGCCCCAAAUACCGAACCUCCUGUGAUCGAUGCCAAGCUGCAAAGGUCAAGUGCGGCCAUGAAAAGCCGUCGUGCAGGAGAUGCACCUACCACAAGGUGGAAUGCGUCUACGGCAUCUCUCGUCGGAUGGGCAGGCCAAGGGCCAAGAAGAGUCCCGCCAAGGACUCGUCCCCUUCGCCGCAAGCCUCCACCAACAGUGCAUCAGACGAGAACAGUAGGUCCAAGCCAGCAACGCCGGCAGUCACCUUUGGCGAAGCAGAGCCGGCAGUGGAAAUUCAACAGAGCAGUCUGGUGAUGAACGCUGAAGGGGCCAGACUCUCGACGGAUUCCACGCAAAUAUCAGAGCCUUGGGCAGCCUCAUUGAGCACGCACUUCGAACCGCCAGCACUCAAUCAAGUGGCAGUUGAAGGUGUCCAUAGCACGCCAAUGCUUGAGACACUGAAUACGCCGUUGGCAUUCUUGCCGACCCCUACAGAAAACAGAAUGGAUCUUGAUGAUUACAAUGGCUACCCAACAAUGAGCGCGUUCCUUGACGACAUCUCAGACUCCAUUAUCUCACAGCAGCCCAUUCCUGCACCAUCAACACUGGAAAUUCUAGAUCCGCAAGCAUUGAUUUCAGCGGAAAUUACAGUUGGGAAUCCACAGGAAUCGUUUGGUCAGGUCAAUACAAGGCUUCCAACGCUGGUGCAGACCGCGCAGCCUGGGAACGGCUCAAACCCCAUCCGUGGGACCGACGCCCAUCACCAGUCCAGUCCGUCAUCGGCGUCAAAGAGACGUGUCUCAAUGGGCCAGUCAAUGAGUAGCAUGCUGCUCAGCCUAACAGGCCACGAAGACAACAGUCAUGCAGCCAAACCAUCAAGCGGGACGCAUAUUGCCACAGGCCCUCGCACAUCAGUAGCAGCAAGAGGUGAGUCUUCCGCGACGCAUGUCGAGCCUCACUACGAUACGCGGCCCAUGUCAAAGAGUGGCAAAGUGUCCAUUCACGAAAAGGAUGAUGGCUGCUGCAACUGCCAUAUCGUCGUCACGGACUGCAUCGUGUCGCUCAAGGCAGAGCAGCAGAGGUCUGGCUUAGUGCCCAUCGACUGUGCCCUGAGGAUGGAGACGGAGGUAGAGACGUCUCUCUCGGCGGUCCAUGACUGCCAAAGCUGCCGUUGCGAGAGCAGCAUACACCUCCUCUCGCUGGUUGGAGUUCGAUUGAUGCUAGAUAUACUACAAAAGACAGUGAGGGAUGAAUUUGUCAUGCGCCCGAGGCGGAUCAACAGUGGGACAAUUUCCAUUAACAACAGCGACAUUCUCUGGAUAGGCAGCUUCAAGGUCUCGCCCAAGACGCGCUGCCGCUUCCUCAAGAAGCUUGUUCAGGCGCGGUUCUGUAGGCUCGCAAUGCUCGUGGAAAGGGGCGGCAAGGUGGUCACCAGUGGCCCUGCGCGAGAUUGUUACUCCCAGUCGGGAGAUUUAUUGCUAGAGGACAUCUCAAAAGGACUACGGACAACUAUGGGUUGGGUGACGCUGUGGAACUCAAAGCAUUGA